ACGUAAAACUGUGUUCAACACUUCUAAAUUAUGAGCAUACACUAAAACGUCGCUAGAGAGCGAGGAGAUCUUAAGAGGACACGUCGCGCGUAGCACCUUAAAAUGGCUCUUGCCUGUUAAAUUAUUCCAAGCACUGCACUCAAAACUUUGAAGCCCACGGGCGCGCUCCAAAGUAAACUAUAGACUGACUUACCCUGGCCAGAGCUCGAGCAUAGUGUCAACUCGCAUUCUUAGGAGGUGUUCGUUGUGCUACGAAUUAAGCAAUUACAAUUUUUUAUUCACAAUAAUCAAGUUUGCAGGAAAAAUUCUGUGGCAGGGCUUUCUAUAAGACAUCUACAACAGUUAAAUGCUCUAAUUACAUAAAUAAAAAAAAAAAAUGAGGUGUGUGGUAACUCUUGUUCAUUUCUUUAAUAUUGCCAGCAUGUGUUAAAUAAACCAAAGCAAGCUAUUGGACAUAAAAAUCAUAAUAAAACAAAAACAAUACCAAUAACAAACAUUUACUCCAUAAAAUUUGUUACGGAAUAUUUAAUGAAUACAUGCAAGAAAUUCAAAUUAGUUGUGGGGGCGUAACUGAAGUUCUGCAAUCGCUCACAGUCAAGCCAUAUUGCAAACCUACUUAAAAUGCCAAGAGAAGAUUGCUGCUCGAUGCUGCUGGCGCUAGUUGCGCGUUUUCUUUGGUUGUGCAGCGUUGCUGGACUUGAGAAUGGCUUGGCCAGAACGCCACCAUUGGGCUGGAUGCCGUUCGAGCGUUUCCGCUGUGUGACUGAUUGCGUAAAGUUCCCGAGGGAUUGCAUCAGUGAGUCGCUCUUUAUGCGUACUGCUGACCUCUUGGUGUCGGAAGGAUACUCGGCGGUUGGCUAUGAAUAUUUAAUAAUCGACGAUUGCUGGAUGGAAAGACAGCGCCACGAAAUCACAAAGGAGUUGAUGCCCGAUCGAGAACGUUUUCCCAGGGGUCUUAACUUUCUGUCAGAUUACAUACAUAAUAAAGGUCUAAAGUUUGGCCUAUAUCACGAUAUCGGGGAGAGAACUUGCAUGCAUUUUGGGCCCGGUGCGAAUGGAUACUACGCAUUGGAUGCUAAAACCUUCGCGAACUGGAACGUGGACUAUGUCAAAUUGGAUGGUUGCUUUAUAAAGAACAUUAACCUGGACAUUGCCUACCCAGCAUUUGGCCGGGAAUUGAAUAAGACGGGCCGGCCAAUGGUCUACUCUUGCAGUUGGCCAUACUAUCAAAAACACCCUAACUACGAAUUGAUCAAAAAACACUGUAAUCUAUGGAGGUUCGCUGAUGAUAUUAGAGAUGCAUUCGAUUCUGUGGGCAAGACCAUGUACAAUUACUACAAGCAGCAGAAAAAUCUGACAAAACAUGCUGGUCCCGGACAUUGGAAUGACCCAGAUAUGCUAGUGCUCGGAAACUAUAGACUUAGCUACGACGCAAGUCGUCUGCAACUGGCCAUAUGGGCUAUAAUCGCGGCUCCGCUUAUUAUGACGAAUGACUUACAGACAGUACGACCUGCAAUCAAAACAUUAUUACAAAAUCGGGCUAUUAUUGAGGUCGAUCAGGAUCCACUCGGCAUACCUGGUCGUUGCGUAUAUAUAGCAGGUAGCUUUCAGAUAUGGGUGCGCCCUGUUAUGCCGUUUAAUAAUAUUGGCGCACACUCAUAUGCUGUGGCUUUCGUUAACAUUGGAAAUUACGAACCCUGCCCACUGUGUCCCCAAACAUAUGAAGUUGUUUUGAAACGCUUGGGAUUUGAAAAUGAUUUGGGUUAUAAGGUCAUUGAUUUGUUUGGCUCUAUGGAAGAUCUUGGAUUGUUCAAGCCAAAAGAUAAAUUUAUAACCCGAGUCAAUCCAUCAGGAGUAACGUUCUUCAAGUUCACGUCUGUAGAUAUGUACUAAACUCCUAGCAUACACUCUACAUAAAUCAAUAAAUUAUAAUAUAUGUUUUCAAUAUUAUAAAUAAUAUAAAGUAUAA